AUGUUUAGUCAACCGCGGAAACUUGAACCAAGGACAAAUAAAAAACUUAAAUCAUCGUCGUUAUACUUCAGGAGUUACACGUCUUUAAUAAGUCCCGGUGCUUCUAUCAAUCGUUUAAUGGGAUUUUUACCAUACAAACUCGAAUCAUCGAAACUUGUGUAUUCGAAAUCAUACUUUGUUUUCUCUACAAUUUCUAUGAUUAUUUAUUCGAUCUGCGUAAUUCUUUCUCUGUUCCAAGUCAACUUUUCUUCUGUGCAGCUUCCAACACUUGCAAAUAAGUUACAUAUUACUCUCGUAUUUCUUUGUGGGCCUGUGAUUUUCAUCUCGGCUUAUGCCAAAAAUCAGUCAAUGAUCCGAGUGAUCGAUGGUAUCUCGAAUGUUUCUCGUGUACUGUCAUCAGAAACUUGGCAUAAAGUGGCUACAAGAAUUGUUAUAAAAGAUAUCUUAAUCCUGACACCAUAUAUGUGCUACGUUCCAGUUACCAUCUUCUACGUAAAUUUUAUUUUUGGUUAUAUCUGCUGGUAUACUUUUCUCGGUGUCAACGCACUUAUUAGUUUGUACACGAAUAACGUAUACGUGCUAAAUGCCUGUUUUAAGCACAUAAACGAUUCUUUAGUGCAAGUGAAGGAAAUUCUAGUUAAUGAUGAGCCUCAUCUACUCAGGAGAGUCUAUCAUAUGCAGAAGAAUCCUAUAUUGUUGACGAAGUUGAGGGCUCUUAAAAAGCAACAUCUAGAGAUGAGCGAAAUCGUUCAGCUACUGAAUAAUACGUGUAGCAUGCAGAUCGAGGCCAUGUUAACAAUAAUGUUCAUCGACAUUACGUUCAAUAUGUACAAUUAUUUAUCCAUGCGCAAAGAAAUGGGCGAAGUGAAAUCGCUGACUCUUACUCUUGGCUUCGCGAUUUAUUACAUCGUACAUGUAAUUAUCACAGUUGCGGUCGUUGAAAUUACCAGGGAUCAAAUGCAGAAAACUGGCUGCGACGUUCAUCGAAUUCUUGUACAUACUUUCGACGAGCAGGUGACGACGGAGGUAAGAUGAAACGAUUACUUUACUAUCGAUGAUUUAUGUUGAAAGCAUAAACAUGACAUAGUAUGGAAGAAAUAUAUUGAAAUUGUACUCAAUGUACGUGAUUCUAGUUGGAGUUGUUUUCGUUGCAAGUGCUACAAAAGGGUAACGCGUUCGUGAUGAAGGGGCUCGUAAUAGAUGCAACCCUUUUGGCAAAGGUAAUAGGAAAU